AUGGAGGAGGCGUCUUCCUCUUCCUCUUCCAAAGUCAAGGCACCACUUCCUUUGCCUCCGCAGCACCAAGUGUUUGUAAACUUCAGGGGAGAGGAGUUGCGGUACAACUUCGUUAGCCAUCUCAGAAAUGCGAUGGUCAGAAAUGGGGUCAACACAUUCAUUGACACGAAUGAGAAAAAAGGAAACUCUUUGAAUGUGCUUUUCGAGAGGAUUGAAGAGUCAAGGAUCGCCUUGGCCCUCUUUUCUGUAAGGUACGCCGAGUCACAGUGGUGCUUGAACGAACUGGUGAAGAUGAAAGAAUGCAUGGAAAAAGGCAAACUCCGCGUCAUUCCCAUCUUCUACAAAGUCAAAGCAUACGAAGUUCGGUUUCAGAGGGGACGGUUCGGUGAUGUGUUCAAAAAUAAAAAUUUGCGCCAUGUUGACAAGAAGAAGCAGUGGUCUGAAGCUUUAAACUCUGUAGCUGACCGGAUCGGCUUCUGCUUCAACGGAAAUAGCGACGAGAACAUAUUCAUCAACGGUAUCGUCAAAGAGGUCAAGGAAGCGCUGAGCAAAAUUCAGUUGGAUGAAAGCAAAGACAACUCUGUUUUUCUUUCAAAAGACACUUCAUUGAGAUUAGGAAGAGAAAGCCAUGAGAUUUAUGGACUCAAGCAACGCUUGGAAGAAUUGGAGGAGAAGUUAGAUCUUGACUGUCAGGAAACUCUUAUUUUGGGAGUUGUUGGGAUGCCAGGCAUUGGUAAAACCACUCUUGCAAGGGAGUUAUAUGAAACUUGGCAGGGGAAAUUCGUACGUCACGUGUUAAUCCAAGAUAUUCGUAGAACAUCCAAGGAGCUCGGGUUGGAUUGCUUGCUUGCAUUACUCUUGGAAGAAUUACUCGGUGUAAGUAAUCCAGACAUAAAAUCUUCUCAAGGCACGUACGCAUCCUACAAGUGUAAACUACUCAGCCAUAAAGUUCUCAUUGUUCUCGACGAUGUGAGUGACAAGGAGCAGAUAGAUGUUCUUCUGGGGAAAUGCGACUGGAUUAAGCAGGGAAGUAGGAUAGUCAUUUCAACAAGCGACAAGUCACUAAUCCAAGAUGUUGUUGACUAUACUUAUGUUGUCCCACAGUUAAACCACAAAGACGGAUUAGGUCACUUUGGGCGUUAUGCUUUUGACCAUCAUUCCAACAAGCAACGCAAUGAAGUAAUCAUGAAGCUAUCAAAAGAGUUUGUGCAUUAUGUUAGAGGUCAUCCGCUAGCUCUUAAGUUGUUGGGCGAAGAUCUUAAGGGGAAAGACGAUGAUUAUUGGAAAUCAUUAUUGGCAACACUCGCACAGAAUGCCUGCAUGUGUAUUCGAGAUGUGUUGGAAGAAAGCUAUAACGAGUUGAGUCAAGAGCACAAAGAGAUAUUUCUCGACAUGGCUUGUUUUAGAACUGAAGAUGAGACUUAUGUUGCAAGUUUACUGGAUACAUCUAAGGCCGCAAGUGAAAUAAAAACUCUCAUGAACAAAUUCAUGAUAGAUGUUUCUGAUGGGCGAAUAGAGAUGCAUGAUUUAAUAUAUACCUUCGCCAGGGAAAUUUGCCGAAGAGCAUAUGCUCAAGAUGGAAAUGGGGGAUAUAGGUUGUGGCAUCAAGAAGACAUAAUUGAUGUGCUAAAGAACGUAGAGGAAGGCGAGAAAGUUAGAGGGAUUUUCCUAAACAUGGAUGAAAUGAAGAGGGAGAUAAGCUUAGACAGUUGCACCUUUGAACCAAUGCACGAUCUCAGAUACCUCAAGAUCUAUAGCUCAGGUUGUCCUCAGCAAUGUAGACCUAGCAAUAAGAUAAACCUCCCUGAUGGACUAAAAUUUUCUUUGGAAGAAGUUCGUUAUCUCCACUGGCUGGAGUUCCCAUUGAUGGAAGUUCCACCAGAUUUCAAUCCUCACAAUCUUGUGGACCUUAAGCUUCCUUACAGCAAGAUUGAACAAAUCUGGAGUGAUGAUAAGGAUACAUCAAAAUUGAAGUGGGUCAAUCUCAACCAUUCCAGUAACUUGCGCGACUUGUCAGGCUUAUCAAAGGCUCAAAAUCUGCAAAGACUGAACCUUGAAGGUUGUACGAAAAUGGAAACUUUACCCCAUGAUAUGCAACAUAUGAGAAGUCUUCUUUUCCUGAACCUGAAAGGGUGCACAAGUCUCAACUCUCUCCCGGAAAUAAGUUUGGUCUCUCUAGAAACUCUCAUCCUCAGCAACUGCUCAAACCUGAAGGAAUUUCGGGUGAUCUCACAAAAUCUGGAAGCUCUAUACUUGGAUGGUACUUCAAUAAAAGAACUUCCUCUGGAUAUCAAAAUACUCGAGAGACUUGCCUUAUUGAAUAUGAAAGGAUGCACGAAGCUGAAGAAGUUUCCUGAUUGUCUUGAUGACUUGAAAGCUCUCAAAGAAUUGAUACUCUCAGAUUGCUCGAAGCUCCAAAACUUUCCUGAAAACGGCGAAAACAUCAAGGUUUUAGAGACAUUGCGAUUGGAUGCGACAGCCAUAACUGAGACUCCGAAGAUAGCCUCACUACAAUGUUUAUGCUUAAGCAAGAAUGAUCAGAUCAUCUCCCUUCCAGAUAACAUCAGUCAACUCUCUCAACUAAAAUGGUUGGACUUGAAGUAUUGUAAGAGUCUUACAUGUAUUCCAAAGCUUCCACCAAAUCUGCAGCACUUAGAUGCGCAUGGCUGUUGCUCACUUAGAACAGUUUCGAAUCCACUGACAUGUCUUCCGACAACUCAACAAAUCUGUUCCACAUUCAUUUUCACGAACUGCAACAAACUCGAGAUGAGUGCGAAGAAAGAUAUAUCUUCCUUUGCUCAAAGGAAAUGCCAGCUACUUUCAGAUGUACAAAACUGCUACAAUGUUUCUGAUUCGGAGCCUUUGUUCAGUACUUGCUUUCCUGGAAGUGAACUACCUUCGUGGUUCGGUCAUGAAGCCGUUGGAUCUAUGUUAGAGGUGAUAAUGCCUCCACAUUGGCACGACAAUGGGCUUGCUGGUCUAGCUUUAUGUGCUGUUAUCUCAUUUCCAGACUCCCAAAAACAAAUCAAACCAUUGUCAACGAAAUGUACAUUCAAGCUAGAAGUAAAAGAAGGUUCGUGGAUCGAAUUUUCUUUACCAGUUGGAAGUUCGAGUAAUGAGGAAAAUAUUGCAUCAGAGCAUGUCUUUAUAGGGUAUACCAGUUGUUCGAAGAUCUUUAAACGUCUUGAAAACCAGAAUUUUAUCAGCUCUGAUCCUACGAAGUCAUCCACUUUAUCUAGUAACUGUAGUCCUACCAAGGCCUCCCUUCAAUUCACGGUCACAGAUGGUACGAGCAAGAUACCAAGGCUUGAGGUGCUCAAGUGUGGCUUAAGGUUAUUUAGAGGUGGUGGGAACAGUGGAGGGUAUUUAAAGAAGCUGGAAGUGAAGGAAGCUGAACAGAAUUUAAGUGCACAAAAGUUAUCAGAUUAUCGAACGAGUGAAUCAGGUACCACUACAGAGGUUGCUGAAAAUGGUAACAGUGCUGAACAGAGCCCAGAGACGGUUACCACAGAGGUUACGACUUCACCACAAAGUGUUAACAAUGCAGGAUUGGGAAUCGAGACAUCCAUAACCUCACGUGCAGCUCAACCACACCCAUGUAAUAAAACUUCGAAAUGGGUAUGUUUUGCUUGUUGUGACUUCCAAAAACAUCCAUGAACAAUGGAAGAAAGUGAUAGCACCAGUCUAGAGAAAAGUAGCCAAGAAUUUCCAGUGACAUGAAAGAUCCCAAAGAUUCGGAGACUUGGUGUGUUUGUAAGAAGAAACCAACGACUUUGGGAUUUAAAAUAGGAUGGUUUGCUUUGUACUCACCGGCAUGGAUAUUUUUGGUCCUUCGGGUAUUAAGUUCUUCAUUGUUGUGUGAACUCGUUUUAAAUUUGAAUGUGUGGAUGGGUUUCGUUAGUGUGUCCUGGAGUCUUAUUUCAAGCUCUAGCCAAAGCAUAAAGGCUCUGGAAUUUUGAUGGUUUGUUUGUUUAGUUUUCGUUUUAAUCUUAUUAUCUUCUUUUUUUCUUUUGUUCCCAAGCCUUUUCUUGUUGACCGGAAUUUAU